UUUUUCAUUUUGGUUUUGAGUUCCUUUUAUUUCUACCCCUCAUCUAUCCAUACAAUACAUACAUAGUAACACAGAGGCGAACACAUUCAAGAAGCCGCACCCGCUACUGUCAGAAAAUCCACAAACCUCGACGACACAGGUUUUGUCCGAUGGAUGCCAAAACAACAAAUGGAGAACGCCGGCACAUUACCAUUAAACUCUGGCCCCCUAGCCAGAACACACGCCAGAUGCUGGUUGAACGAAUGACUAAUAAUCUCUCUACUCCAACAAUUUUCACCCGCAAGUAUGGCAGUCUCGGCAAUGUUGAGGCUUCAAAACAUGCCAAACAAAUUGAGGAAUUAGCUUUUGCUAGUGCAAAUCAACAUUACGAACAAGAACCUGAUGGAGAUGGCAGUUCUGCUGUGCAGUUGUAUGCCAGGGAAUGCAGUAAGCUAAUAUUAGACGUUCUCAAGGGAGGCUCCAGGAUAGAGGAAAAGGAGGCACUGCAAUCUGAGGUUGAUUCUGCUUCCUGUGAGAUGUUUUUCGAUAUUUCCAAAGGUCAGCGGGCAUUUAUUGAAGAAGAUGAGGCUCAAACACUUUUGAGUCCCUUAAAGGCCCCUGGAAAUUCUUGCACUAAAAUAUGUUUUAGCAAUCGAAGUUUUGGUCUAGGUGCAGCUCAUGUUGCUGGACCCAUCUUAGCAUCCAUUAAGAACCAACUCAAGGAAGUGGAUCUGUCAGAUUUUGUUGCAGGAAGACCGGAGGCGGAAGCUCUUGAUGUCAUGAAUAUUUUCUCUGAAGCCCUGGAAGGUUCUCAUUUGAAGAGUCUGAAUAUAUCUGACAAUGCCUUAGGUGAGAAAGGAGUUAGAGCAUUUGGGAAGCUUUUGCAGUCUCAGACUAGCUUGGAGGAACUAUAUCUUAUGAAUGAUGGGAUUUCAAAGGAAGCUGCAGAAGCUGUUUGUGAGUUGGUUCCUUCCACAGAGAAGCUUAGAGUUCUCCAGUUUCAUAACAAUAUGACAGGAGAUGAAGGGGCUCUUGCGAUUUCUGAGAUUCUGAAGCGUUGUCCGUUAUUGGAGGAUUUUCGAUGCUCAUCUACCCGAGUUGGCUCUGAAGGGGGGAUUGCAUUGACUGAGGCACUUACACAGUGUAGGAAUCUGAAGAAACUUGAUCUUCGGGACAACAUGUUUGGUGUAGAGGCUGGCGUCAAGCUUAGUGAUGCUCUCCGUAAACAUGAGUGUCUCAGAGAGAUUUAUUUGAGCUAUCUAAAUCUGGAAGAUGAUGGAGCAAUUGCAAUAGCCAAUGCUCUCAAGGAGUCAGCACCAGCACUUGCAGUAUUGGAGAUGGCUGGAAAUGAUAUCACUGCUGAAGCAGCUCCCAGCUUAGCUGCUUGCAUUGCUACAAAGAAGUCUCUUGUCAAGUUGAACUUGUCAGAGAAUGAUCUUAAGGAUGAUGGUGCAAUUACGAUAAGCCAAGCACUGGGAGAAGGCCAUGACCAGUUGAAGGAAGUGGAUAUGAGCCAGAACUCUCUAAGAAGGGUUGCCGCUAGAUCUUUGGCUCAGGCUUUGUUGCAUUUGCCUGGGUUCAAGUUCCUUAAUGUUAAUGGAAACUUCAUUUCUGAGGAAGGUAUUGAUGAGUUGAAGGAUAUCUUUAAAGAGUGUCCUGAUAAACUUGCCCCCCUGGAUGAGAAUGACCCUGACGGAGAGGAUUUUGAUGACAAGGAAUCUGGGGAUGAAGAUGACGCUAGUCAGCACGAGUUGGAAUCGAAACUGAAAAGUCUUGAUGUCAAUCAAAAAGAAUAAAUAUUGUUUUGGCAUCCUCAGUGGGAGUAGCAAUCAUUACUUUUAGUUGAUAGCUUUUGUGGGUCUGGUUGAUUCGAGCAGGGGAUGGUGCUGUAACUCUAGCUGAAGCUAACUGCUUGUCAUCAAAGGUUUCUGUUCUAUGGGAAUUUUUGCCCUUAAUCUGCUUUGUCUGUUAGCAUCUUGUAUCAGCUGAUCGGAAAGUACUUUUGGCGGAUGCUAUGCAUGUAGACUUGUAAUUUUUGGUUCCCCAUGUUUGGGACCAAAGUAGGAUUCUUUUCUGCUUUUUCACAAAUGUCUACUUGCCCUCCCAAACUAAUGCUGUUCACCUGCAGCUAUGCAAAAUUGAGUUAUUUCUGUCUUGGUGUUUGAUCUGGGACGCUGCACCAGUACUAGCUGGAAAAUGCUCUGAUCGUUGUGUUAUAAUGUUAGCCUUUUGUUCUUUUUC